CCCGCCUCUUGUUACGGAGCGGAGAGAAGGGAGGAAAGAGAAGGUGUUCAAUUCCACAGACGUUGCGCGCUUCCGACGAAGGGCUGGCUGCCAUUGGUUUAGCACUUUCUUUGUCCAGACCCCAAUCCGACCGAUCGAUCUUGUGGCUGUCGCUUGCCGCCCGAUCAUUACCAUUUAGGUCCUCAGUUGGCUCGACUGUCGGUCGACUUGAUCUUUGAACACUCGACUCACCCACCACCCCGGUGAUAUAACCCCGCAUCAACUUGUAGCUCGCAGCUGCGAUUACCGCUGCGCCGCCCGAGCGUCCCUGCGUCAUGGAGACCACAUUUAUCCCGCCGGCACCGACAUUACCGGCCUGCGUGUCGAGCUGCGGCGUUUUAUACGAUGUGAACGGCGCCUGCGUACCGCCGGCCGCGCCAACGGCAGAGCCAAGCGUCUACGAGAGCUGUUUUUGCAACGAUCCGAGACUCGCCGCCUUCAAGACCAGUGCGAAUGGAGUAUGCGACGCGGCUUGCCCGAACCCCGCCGACCUGACGAGCAUCCAAGGCUGGUUUACAAGUUUUUGCAACAAUGCCGAUGACGGAAAUACGGCGCCCACGGCGUCGGCAUCGUCACGGCCAGCAAAGAACAGCGGUGGUCAGACUUGGCUUGAGGGCCACUACCAGUGGAUUAUCUUCCUCGUCAUCAUGGUCGUCGCGAUCGUCGGCAUCUGGGUGGGCGCCUGCGUCUGGCGCCGUCGCUACCUUCGCAAGAAGGACAGAGCUUAUGCGCUUAACACGAACCUCGCGCACACCACCGGAUCCGGGAGAGUCGUGCCCAACGCGGGAAGUAGCGCCGGAUCGGUCCAUGUCCCCGGGGCAGGCUUCUUUGACCCGGCUCCAAUCAGCUCUGCGGCUGUCUACGGCGAGAAGCCGAAGAAGAAGAAGUGGACUCUCAAAAAGCGCACCUAGGGGAAGGCUCUCAACGGAACACAGCACGUCCGACACGGAAAAAACGAGCUCCUACCACAUUCCGAUAGAUCCCGUUUAUUUGUCCUUUCUGUUCCUGUUUGGUGGCGUGGGGCGGGGAGGGGCGAGGGCAAGUCGACAGUGCCCAUUUGUCCCUCUUCUCCUUGGAACGCAGUUCCUCAUCCAAGGCUCCUCCCGUGCUACCAC